UUCAAAUCCAGACCAUUGCAUCGGCAGGAAACGUAUGGCGGAUUGGAUCAAUUGUAGCUGACUGUAGCUGUACAUUGUGGGAGCAUUAGUGUGAGAUGAAAUAUCAGUGAAAUGUGUUCCCAGAGAAGUAGAAUUUAACCGAAGAUAGACGAAUGUAGUAUCCCCACUUAAUUAGCACUUGACCAAAAGCAAUUCGAUGGUAAAGACAGUGAGUGCUUUUCUUUAACCACAAACACCUAACCCGGUAUGCGAAAUAAACUUUUCCCGUAAGAAUGAUAGAAUAGGCUAUGAAAUCAACCUGUCCGAUGCAAAUUAUCCGCUAAAGCGUAGAGGGUAAAACUGGAGACAUCAUAGCCUACACACCUUGAGAAUUUGGUGACAUUUGUAGGUAAGACGUGUAGCAGGCAGAGGUAAGGAAAUCAGUGGUGGGACUGAUCAAACUUCCGAGAAAGAUUGAAUCAUGCCAACUGUGAUAGUGAUUGAUGUAUCACUCUCAAUGACAAGGCCUGUCUUUAUACCAGAGACUGGGGAAACAUACAAUCGCCAGCACCUUGCUGUAUGUGGAAUCAAUGUCCUCCUGGACUACUUAGCUAUACAUUCAAAACUGGAAUUUGUUUCCCUGAUUGCAUUCUCUUCACUCUAUGAAAUAGUUUCCCCAUUCACACGUGAUUUUGAUGCCUUGAAAUUGAAACUGCAGCAAUUGGAGGAAUAUGAUAAAACGUGCAUUGAGACAGCUUUGCAUGGAGUCAACAGAUUGGUUCUUGGAGAAUGGGGCAGUACCACUCCAUGUCAGGUGGUACUGGUUACAGAUGGAAGUCCUGGUGUAGGCCCCAUGUCAUUGAAGUAUUCACUGAACACCCUGAACCAGCGUGACGCUUCAUCUCCUUUCCCAUUACCCUUUUCCUUUCCUGGCAAGUUAAGUAUUAUAUGCAUUGCUUCAAUGGAUGAACCUGGAUUACAGUUAGGGUUGCCACUCUACCAUAGGCUAGUGGAAUUGGCAGGAUCUGACAGUGCAGUGCUUGUUCCAGAGGGACCCCUCUCCAUGAAGAGCAUACAGACCAUGUUUCAGAAACUGUCUGAAGCAAACUUUGCAUCAUUUCAGGGAAUGCUGAAAUGUGGCAAUCUUGGAUCUCAGAUUAUUCUCUCACCAUCACCUCAGCCAUUCUGUAAAUCAAAUGACUUCGAGUCAGUGAAAAGAAGCAUCUCUGAUUCCAUUGAAGUAUGUGGUUUCAUAGAUGUGGCUGAUGUUGGGAGCCCCAUGGCUAUUUCUCGGCAUUUAGUGCUUCCUCACCCAACUGGAAAGGUAGAAGGCAUAUCAGCUGGAGUGAAAGUAGAAGUAGAUUCUGAAGAUGAAUCUGUGGUAGAUGAAGGAAGAAUACCGUCGUUUUGUGUACUACUGCAUGGUGCAUUGAAAGUGGAAAACAUGGCAGCACUUUGUCUUUUAGCUGAGGAUUGGUUUGGAUUUGUUUAUUCAUGGGCUGAUAGCAAGAAGAAGUCAAACUUAAUGCUUACAAUCCUAGAACCUGGAUCAAAUGUUGUACCAUGGCUGGGAGAUCUGAACAGAUUGGGCUCUUUGGAUGACUUUCAUUCUAUGAAUCAAGAAAUCGAGAUUGAACCUUCAUUUCCUGUUCGUCCACUGGAAAAAAGAAGCUACUCCCAGAACUGUGUGGUCUGGAUAAGACAAGCAGGACUGCAGUCUGACAUACAGAAAAUACUUCGGCAUGCACGCAAACUUCCAGAGAAAACACAACAAUUUUACAAGGAACUAAACAGAGUGCGACGUGCAGCUAUUUCAUUUGGUUUCAUUGAACUCUUGGAUGGUCUAGCAGCCAUUUUUGAACGUGAGUGUACAUUACUUCCAGGAGGAGCACAUCCCGACUGUGCUCUGCAGUUAACACAUGCAGCAGGUGUUCUACAUAAACCUUACAGCAGAGAUGUCAAGCAGAAUAUAACUCCAUUACGAACUAAGUUUAUUAAUAAUGACUGAAUCAUGCCAUUAUGUUACAUCAGUAUGUUUUCUGGUUCCAUUUCAUAUGUACAUGAAAUUUAUAAUAACCAGUGAAAUGUCUGUUGAAAA